UUUUUUUUUUUCUUCCCAGCCCACGCGGCGCCCCGCUGGCCCAGGUGGGCCCAGCUGAAUGGGGGGCUUGUGCCCGAGUGGGGCGGGGCAGGGCGGGGCGCAAGGCCUCGCGCCGCCCCCAGCCCCUCUCCCCACCCUGCUGCCCGGCGCCAGACGCUCAGAACGCCAGCCAGCCAUGACCGGAGCUCCUGUCCUGGCCCUCCUGCUGCUGGGGCAGCUUCUGACGGCCACCUCCGCGCAGAAAGUGGGACCUCGAGGCCCCCCUGGUCCCCAAGGGCCUCCUGGGAAGCCGGGCAAGGAUGGCAUCGAUGGAGAAGCUGGCCCUCCCGGUCUGCCUGGCCCUCCAGGACCCAAAGGGACCUCGGGGAAGCCAGGGAAGCCAGGAGAGGCAGGAUUGCCAGGACUGCCUGGUGUGGAUGGUCUGACCGGGAGGGAUGGUUCCCCAGGACCCAAAGGUGCCCCUGGAGAACGGGGAAGUCUAGGACCCCCAGGGCCACCAGGACUUGGGGGCAAAGGCCUCCCUGGACCUCCUGGAGAGGCAGGAGUGAGUGGCCUCCCAGGUGGGAUUGGUCUGCGAGGCCCCCCGGGACCCUCUGGACUCCCAGGCCUGCCUGGCCCCCCAGGACCGCCUGGACCUCCUGGAAACCCUGGAGUCCUCCCUGAAGGUGCUACUGACCUGCAGUGCCCUGCCAUCUGCCCUCCGGGCCCCCCUGGACCCCCAGGAAUGCCAGGGUUCAAGGGACCUGCUGGCUACAAAGGGGAACAAGGAGAAGUUGGCAAAGAUGGUGAGAAGGGUAAUCCUGGCCCCCCUGGGCCUCCCGGCAUCCCAGGCACCGUGGGAUUACAGGGCCCACGAGGAUUACAAGGACUUCCAGGACCACUUGGGCCCCCUGGAGACAGGGGUCCCAUUGGGUUUCGGGGCCCCCCUGGGAUCCCAGGAGCACCUGGGAAAGUGGGCGACAGAGGUGAGAGGGGUCCAGAAGGGAUCCGAGGCCCUAAGGGUGACCUGGGCAGGCCUGGUCCCAAAGGAAUCCCUGGAAUGGCCGGACCCGGUGGAGAACCAGGCAUGCCAGGCAAGGAUGGCCAGGAUGGCGUACCAGGGCUUGAUGGCGAGAAGGGAGAGGCUGGUCGCAACGGUGCCCCAGGAGAGAAGGGUCCCAAUGGGCUGCCGGGGCUCCCUGGACGAGCCGGGUCCAAAGGCGAGAAGGGAGAACCGGGCAGAGCUGGGGAGUUGGGUGAGGCUGGCCCCUCUGGAGAGCCAGGUAUCCCUGGAGAUGUUGGUGUUCCAGGGGAGCGUGGUGAGGCUGGUCACAGGGGCUCAGCGGGAGCUCUUGGCCCACAAGGUCCUCCUGGGGCCCCUGGCGUCCGUGGCUUCCAGGGCCAUAAGGGCAACGUAGGAGACCCUGGCCUUCCAGGCCCCCAAGGCCUACGGGGUGACGUGGGUGACCGGGUAAGUGUCUUUCUCUUGUGCCUCCCUGCUCUAACCAAUCUACAUAGACCCAGGCCAGCAGUCUGUUCCUUUCCACAUGGGUGCUAGAGGCAGUAGCAUCAACUCUGUGAACAGGGUCCCGGAGGUGCCACGGGCCCUAAAGGAGACCAGGGCAUUGCAGGUUCUGAUGGUCUUCCAGGAGACAAAGGAGAGCUGGGUCCCAAUGGCCCCGUUGGACAAAAAGGAGAGUCUGGCAGCCGAGGGGAACUGGGCCCCAAAGGUAUCCAGGGCCCCAAUGGCACCAGCGGAGUCCAGGGUGUACCAGGUCCCCCAGGGCCACUGGGCCUCCAAGGCCUUCAGGGUGUUCCAGGCAUCACAGGGAAGCCUGGAGUUCCGGGCAAGGAAGCCAGUGAACAGCGCAUCAGGGAGCUUUGUGGAGGGAUGAUCAGUGAACAAAUCGCACAGUUGGCUGCACACCUGAGGAAACCCUUAGCACCAGGCUCCAUCGGUAGGCCUGGUCCAGCUGGCCCCCCAGGACCCCCAGGCCCUCCAGGAUCCAUUGGCCACCCUGGUGCGCGGGGUCCCCCUGGAUACCGAGGCCCCACUGGGGAGCUGGGAGAUCCUGGACCUAGAGGAAGCCAAGGUGACAGAGGAGACAAGGGUACAGCAGGUGCAGGGCUGGAUGGGCCUGCUGGGGACCAGGGGCCCCAAGGGCCUCAAGGUGUGCCUGGCAUCAGCAAAGAUGGUCAAGACGGUGCUCACGGUGAGCCUGGCCUUCCUGGGGAUCCUGGCCUUCCUGGAGCUGUUGGUGCUCAGGGAACCCCAGGGAUUUGUGACACCUCAGCCUGCCAAGGAGCUGUGUUAGGAGGAGGUGGGGAAAAGUCAGGUUCUCGGAGCUCAUAAACAGCAACUUUAGGAAAUGACUGACAGGCAGCAGGGAUCAGUCACGUGGUUACCAGAAAUGGACAGAAUGGCUGGCUACAGUCAGCUAGUCCUUCCUGGCCUGCCGCCUGGGCCCCCAAGAGCAUCUACUGGCACCACUGUCACUGUUCAUCGGCAGGAUUAAUGGCAGCCCAUCCAUCUGUGACAGCAUACCUCAGGCACAGGCCCUAGGGAUGGAGACUUUAAGCCCAGCAUCUGGAAGGGAUGGUGAAUCUUAAGAGUUUGGGUUUUCCUUUUUUGGGGUUUUUUUUUUUUGUUUGUUUGUUUUUUGUUUUUGUACAAUUCCAUGAGAUUGAAAACACUCAGAGGCUUGUUUACAUAACACUUAUAUAAAGCCUAUAAUAGACUACCAAUAAAGCAAUCUGCUAACACUCCAGAUUAGCACUGGCUACAGUGUGAUGGAGGUGAGGCACUUAAUAUGUUCCACCUGCUUUCUACUGCAAACUUAACAUCUCUGGCUCCCAGUAUUUAUUGAAGGAACUACACUGCACCGUCUGUACAAUAAAUAAAGCUACUCACUGGAAA